CGAUAGUGCUAUCGUAUUUUAACAUCUGUUAUGCUCAUUUAGAAGCUGUUUAAUAACAGCGCGGCUAAAUGUUAACGUUAUAGAAGCCAAAAACAUAUGUUUCGGCCCAUUGACCGGCAUUGCUUUAUUUAUCUUACUUACAAAAACUUAUAUUAAAGAGUGCUGCAGGAUGUCAGCAACAGUAGGUGCCCAUUAUAUAUCGGAGAAAAUCUCCAAGGUGCGUUGGCUGCCAGAGAAGCUGACACAAAGCGAGCGAUUCGUGACCGGCACCUGGGAUAUGGAAAACAAUUUUGUGCGCGUGUGGCGUCUCCAUGUGAACCCCUAUGCAGAGAAUGUGGAGCACACACCACGCUGCAACGAUAAGGUGGCAAUUGAGGGCGACGUCACAGGCUUAGAGUUUGUCAACGAUGACAUUUUUGCAGUGGGAUGCUCCGAUGGUCGACUGAGCCUAUUUAAUGUACAUCGAGCCGUCGAGGAGGAUCAAAUCCGACGAAUAGCACACAGCGAACGUCUGCACGAGUUCAAAUGCAGUCAUGCAAAUGCGCCCUGCACGGCAAUCAAUGUGUACGGCACGGACGUUGCGACCGUUGGCGAGGAUGGACGCCUGAAUGUGAUGAAUGCCAACAAUUUGAAUCAGGUGAAGCGCACAAUUGAUGCGGACAGCAUGAGCCUGUUGACCGUCUCCUACGUCAACCAGCAUCAAGUUGUGACGGCCAAUCGAAUGGGCGUCAUUCGCAUGUUCGAUGUGCGCACAGCGGGCGAUGGACAACCAAAAAUCUCAUUCAUGGCCGCCUGCCAGGAUACGAAGAGCUCGAAUUUUGUCUCUGCCAUGAUCACGCAUCCCAUGCAACAGCACAUACUCAUCUGUGGCAGUGAAGAGGGCUCCAUUACUGUCUGGGAUUUGCGCCAUCUGAACUAUCCAGCUUCCUACUUGAGUGCUCAUAGUUCGCCCAUUACGGACAUUGGAUUUCAUCGCCAAGAUCCCUCUAAGCUGUUUACUGCAGCGGAAGCGGGCGAAGUUUGGAUGUGGUCAGAGAAGAAGCAGCUCAUUGAUGCCAGCCAGAAUGAUAGCAGCAGUGCCUGGCUAUCCGGCGACCGAUUGCGUGCCAUGGUCAAUGUCGACGGCGUUCUGACCAACAUACGCAAAGCGAUCAAUUCAUUCGAUGUCCAUGGCUCCAGAAUGGUCUGCGGCAGCGACACAGAAGCCGUUUACAUUGUUAACGAUGUUUAAGCAAUGCCCUAUUUAUAUUUCAAUUCAAAUACAUUUC